AUGUGGCGCAAGAGAAGGUGCAGUGAAUCAAUCCAGUCAUCAGCCAGUCUCCCGCGGGGAAGCCUGGCAGUGUUGCGCUAUUUCUAUUCAAGUUUCACCCGUAUUGCUUGGCUAUACGGCAAGUUCACCAGCGAUGAGAAGGAAAAACUACAAAUGCCCAGCAUUGCGGCAAAGGGCCUGCACGGACCGACUGCAAAGGCCGGUCAGGGGCCGCCUGCUCUCUCCUUCGAGGUGGUGAACCUCCAAAUUUUGAGCUGGAAGAACUGGAAACACAAAACCUCCCCACGUCGGGAUGGGGAGGCUGUUUCUCAGAGAACAUGGGAUGUGUCAGAGGCGGCAAACAGCGGGACAGGCCCUUCCGUAGGAGGACGAGGACUAAAGCCGCCUCUGGUGUCCCCUCAGCCCGCCUUUGCCCGUCCCGUCCCGGACGGAGAAGCCCCGAGGGGAGGCGGCGGUGGCGGGGUCCCCCCCCAAGACCGCAGCGGUUUCCCGGUGUCCCUCACAGAACCCGGCGGCGCCGGUUCGGGUACGCCAUUCCCGCCUCAACCGCCGUCGCCCCUGGCAACGGGGCAGCUCGCGCCCAACGGCCGGGAGGGGAGGGGAAGGGCGGGAAGAGGCGGCGCGAGGGGGCGGCUGCGCGUCCCUGACGAGCCGGGGGCCCGCGGUGGCGGCCGAGCUACCGCUAUGUCGUCCGGUCAGCGCUGCCCCGUGUGCGCCGAACCUUGGGUUUCUCCUCGGUUGUUGCCUUGCCUCCAUUCGCUGUGCGUUCCCUGCUUGCGGCGGCUCGGGACCGUUCUCUGCCCGGUGUGCGAUUCUGAGGUAACGCUGCCGCCCGGCGGCAUCGGUCAGCUCACCCCCGACUACCUGGCGCUGAACCGAAGCCGGGAAGCGGCGGGCUGCGACCUCUGCGCCGACGGGGCGGCUGCCAGGCGGUGCCUGACCUGCGGGGCCGACCUCUGCCUCUUCUGCUGCCAGGCCCACAGGAGACAGAAGAAGACGGCCUCUCAUGCUGUGACGGAGCUGGAGAACACCAAGGAUUGCAACCAGGCCGGGCAGCCUCUCUUCUGCCCUUCCCAUCCCACAGAGGAGCUGAGGCUAUUCUGCGAGCAGUGUGAUCAGCCUGUGUGCCGGGAUUGCAUUGUAGACAGGCACCGGCAGCACCCCUAUGACUUCAUCGGCAAUGUCAUCCACAGGCAUGGGGACGCCCUGCGAGAGCUGCUGAAAAGCACCCAGCAGCACAUGGGCACCCUAGAAGAUGUGCUGGGCCAGAUUGAUGACAUGGGCAGUGCCAUCUGCAGUCGCACAGAGGCUGUGGCCACAGAGAUUUGUCUGUUUGCCAGUGGGUAUGUGAAAGCGAUUGAAGAGCACCGGGACCGGCUGCUGAAGCAGCUGGGGGACUUGAAGAUGCAAAAGGAAAACCUGCUGCACUUGCAGAAGGCCCAGCUGCAGCAGCUGCUGCUGGACAUGAGGACAGGCGUGGAGUUCACGGAGCACUUGCUGAUGAGCGGCUCAGACCUGGAGAUCCUUAUCACCAAAGGGGUGGUGGCAAGCCGGCUGGGAAAGCUGAACAGUGUUGCUUACAACACCCACCCCAGUGUGGACGACAGGAUCCAGUUCUCUCCCCGGGAGAGAGCAGGGCAGUGUUGUGGCUAUGAAGUUUUUGGGGCCAUUCUCAAUAAAGUGGUUGAUCCAGCCAGAUGUACCCUGCACGGGGAAGAUCUCCACAGUGCCCGUCAGAACCAGCUGACUGGCUUUACCCUGCUCUGCAAUGACACCAUGGGGGAGCGGAUGGGGCGAGGAGGAGAGGCCGUGCAGGUCACCAUCACCCACAAGGACAAGAGGGACCGUGCAGUCAAACCAACAGUGUGUGAUAAUGGUGAUGGGACCUACCAUAUUUCCUACAGCCCUGAGGAGCCAGGCUUGUAUGCUGUCUGCGUCUGUGUGAAAGGGCAACAUGUACAGGGCUCUCCAUUCACUCUGAUGGUGAAAAACAAGUUCCGUGAGCACCAAGGUGUGUUUCACUGCUGCACGUUCUGCUCAAGCGGAGGGCAGAAAGCUGCUCGCUGUGCCUGUGGAGGUACCAUGCCAGGUGGGUACCAAGGCUGUGGUCAUGGACACAAAGGUCACCCUGGCUGCCCCCACUGGUCGUGCUGUGGACAAGUGAAGGAGAGCUCAGAGUGUUUGGGUGGGCCGCCCAGCGACACCUCGCAGAGGAGUUUGCUCAGGACAGUGGCACUCUGAGCAGCCAGGUGAGCCCCUGCGAGCCCAGGGCACUGCUCCUUGCUGCUGCGUGAGCAUAAACCACAAGGAUCCCCAUGAUCACCACAUAGCCUUGCUGCCGGAAAACAACGUCGUGAGGGGUGUGAGCUGAGAAAGGGGGAUGAGGGAAAAUAAAAUUGUGCCUUAUAUUCCA